AUGACUGAGAACGAAGCAGCCUGGAUUACUGCACCUGCAGCACAUCCUUUCACGGUGGAGAGUGCCCCAAAGCCUAAGCCAGGUGUUGGGGAGGUCGUAAUCAGAAACGCGGCCGUUGCUAUUAACCCCGUUGACUGGAAGAUUCAAAGCUUAGGCCGCUACCUGAACAAAUAUCCCUUUAUAUUGGGUGAGGAUGUUGCAGGAACCAUCGAAGAUGUUGGUCCUGGCGUGUCUCGUUUCAAGAAGGGGCAGCGAGUGAUCGCUCAUUGCAAUGGUCUCAUGACGCAGAACCCUGUCAAUGGAGGCUUCCAGCUAUACCCCGUUGUCAUCGAGGACCUUGUGGCCGAGCUACCGAGUUCUCUUACUUUCGAGGAGGGUGCUGUACUACCCUUGGCGAUUUCGACCGCUUGUGCGGGACUUUACCGAAAGGAUUACCUUGAUUUACCACUGCCUGCAGUUGAAGACUCUAAGCCGACUGGCCAGACGAUCUUGGUAUGGGGUGGUGCAUCUUCGGUGGGCGCGACUGCGAUUCAGCUCGCAGUGGCCUCAGGCUUAACUGUUCUAACAACUGCUUCUGCCGCAAACCACGAGCUGGUUAAGUCUCUAGGUGCACACACAGUCUUUGAUUAUAGGUCCUCUGCUGUUGUGAAAGAUAUUGCAAACGCACUCGGCAACACCGAAUUCGUGGGGGUCUAUGAUGCGAUUUCCGAAGACUCCAGCUUCAAAGCCAUUUCGAUGAUUUUGGAUGAGUUGAACACAACAGUGAAAGUUGCUAGUGUGCUACCAUAUGACAAGCCGACCGAACGCUUUGCCCCCAAGUAUGUGCUUGCCUAUUCCAUUAUCCAAGACCCGCACAAGAGUAUUGGCGAGUGGAUUUGGGGCAAGUACGUGCCGCAGGCUCUGGCAAACGCAAGUCUCAAAGCCAAGCCAGACCCUUUCGUUGUCGGCAAUGGGGUCAAAGAUAUACAACAUGGCCUUGAUGUUCAAAAGAAGGGUGUAUCCGCUAGGAAGGUGAUCGUCACCCUUUGA